GGGCUUGUGUUUUGAAGGGAGGGUCAGGGGUGAGCUGAGCUGGCAGCAUUUUUGUCUGCUUUACCUGACGCUGGCUCUGUCAUAGGCCAGAUCUUGACCUGAGGGGCGCACACACUCACACCACCCCAUACACAUGUCACACGCAUGUCUUUCUACGUUGCACGUGGGGUCCACUUGGCUUCCAGAUCUCUCCGCAUGAGUGCAAUAGCUGUUCAGAUUGCCCGUGGCAGGACAGGACGAGGGCUCAGAGACACACAAGGGACACCCACACAUGGAAUCAAUCAGCAGAGGUCAGGUGAGCCGAGAGCAGAGCCGUGUGGAAUCUGGACUCGCCAGGCCUGGAGAUGGCGGGAAACUGCUCCUGGGAGGCCCAUCCUGCCAACAGGAACAAGAUAUGCCCCGGCGUGAGCGAGGCCCCGGAGCUCUACAGCCGUGGCUUCCUGACCAUCGAGCAGAUCACCAUGCUGCCCCCACCGGCCGUCAUGAACUACAUCUUCCUGCUCCUCUGUCUGUGCGGCCUGGUGGGCAACGGGCUGGUGCUCUGGAUCUUCGGCUUCUCCAUCAAGAGGAGCCCCUUCUCCACCUACUUCCUGCACUUGGCCAGCGCCGACGUCGGCUACCUCUUUAGCAAGGCCGCUUUCUCCAUCCUGAACACGGGCGGCUUCCUGGGCGCGUUUGCCGACUACAUCCGCGCCGUGUGCAGGAUCCUGGGGCUCUGCAUGUUUCUCGCCGGCGUGAGCCUCCUGCCAGCCAUCAGCUCGGAGCGCUGCCUGUCGGUCAUCUUUCCCGCCUGGUUCUGGCGCCGACGGCCCAAGCGCCUGUCGGCUGUGGUGUGCGCCCUGCUCUGGACCCUGUCGCUCCUGGUCACCAGUAUCCACAACUACUUCUGUGUGUUCCUGGGCCGCCAGGCCUCUGGGGUGGCCUGCAGGCACAUGGACAUCUUCCUGGGCAUCCUGCUUUUCCUGGUCUUCUGCCCACUCAUGGUGUUGCCCUGCCUGGCGCUCAUCCUGCACGUGGAAUGCCGGGCCCGGCGGCGCCAGCGCUCCGCCAAGCUCAACCACGUCAUCCUGGCCAUGGUCUCGGUUUUCCUCGUGUCCUCCAUCUACUUGGGGAUCGACUGGUUCCUCUUCUGGAUCUUCCAGAUCCCGGCCCCCUUCCCCGAGUACGUCACCGACCUGUGCAUCUGCAUCAACAGCAGCUCCAAGCCUGUCGUCUACUUCCUGGCCGGCAGGGACAAGUCGCAGCGGCUGUGGGAGCCUCUACGGGUGGUCUUCCAGCGGGCCCUGCGAGACGGCGCCGAGCUGGGGGAGGCCGGGGGCGGCACGCCCAACACGGUCACCAUGGAGAUGCAGUGUCCCUCUGGGAACGCCUCCUGAGAGGUCUGCACCUGGAGAGGAGGCAGGGACCGGGAGCAGCCGGUGGCCUCCAGAGACCCUUUGCUGCAGGACAGGAGCUGGGCAGCCGCCCCGGUGCCCAUGCGCAAGGAGGAAAGUCUGCCGCCCGCCCCUCAUGCCUCCUUCGCCCUGGGCCGAGGCUCCAGGGGUG